AGAAGUUGCUUUUCCCCAGUGGAGGUCCUAGGUGAGGUCAGGCCCCUUCCCCCUGAAGCCCUCUGGGUGGCUGCACUGUCCAGCCAGGGCUGGAUCAUCCAGGCCAGAGGGGAAGGCCCUGAUGACGUGACCUUGCCUCUGAAUCCCCAGGUCCCCGUUGUCCUGGAAGAGGAAGGCAGUGGGGGCUUCCCUCAGGAGGAGACCCCCCCUCCGAGAGUCUACUGAGCUCCCUCUCUCUGGUGCCAGGGGCCCCAAAUGCCGGACAGAGAAGGGGUGACCAUGGAAAACCUGGCCCAGAUGCUUGGAGGGAGAGGUGCUCUCCGUCCCCAGCAUAGGGGUGCCAUGGGCGAAUCACCAGGGACUUCUGGGGACCUCGCCAGCGGCUUUCAGGAAUCCAUGACCUUCCGGGAUGUGGCUGUGGACUUCACUGGAGAGGAGUGGAGGCGCCUGGAGCCGGCCCAGAGGGCCCUGCACAGGGACGUGAUGCUGGAGAACUACCAGAACCUGGUCUUUCUGGGACUUCCUGUUUCCAAGCUGGAUGUGAUCUCCCUGUUGGAGAGAGGAGAAGCCCCUUGGAGGCCCAAGGGAGGAGGCCCCCCUGACCCUUGUCCAGAUGCCCUUAGUCAGGAAACCAGAUUUGAAACCAAAGAUGCAAGUCUGAUAAAGUUCCUUUGCAUGGAAGAGUCAUCUAACACAAGACUUCCAGUGAAUAUUCCCUGGCAUUCCAGGACAACAGAGCCAAUGGAACCAAUGGGAUGUGACAUUAAUUUAGAGAUACAGAAGGACAACCAGGAGAGACAAUCCAGACUAAUAACCAUCCCACAGACACCAAUUUUAGAUGAAAUGACUGUACCACAUCAUAAUACUUUGGGAGGAAGUUUUAAUCUGGCACCAAUCUUUGUCCCACCAUGGAGAAAUCCUGUGGAGAAAAGUCUCUGUAAAUAUAAGACCCUUGAAAAGCAGGUAAAGGAUUUUUCAGACUUGCUUUUAUGCAGUGCUUUUUCCUUAGGGAAGAGCCUUUCUAAGAAUGACAGAUACAAGAAGCCCUUUAGUUACCAUUCAGACCUAAUUAAAUUUCACAGAACACAUACUGGAGAGAAGCUCCAUGAGGACAAUGAAAGGGGACGAACUUUUGGCAAAAGAUCUCGUGUUGCCGGGUGUCCGAAAAUUCAAAUUGGAGAGAAACGUGAAUGUGAUAAAUAUGGGAAAACCUUUAGCCACCGAAAAAGAUUGAUGAGAAUGAAGACUAUUAAUACUAGAGAGAAGUCAUUUGAAUGUAAUGAAUGUGGGAAAGUCUUCAAUGAUAAUAAAAUAUUUGAAAACCAUAAUAGAAUCCAUACUGGCGAAAAACCUUUUGAAUGUCAUGAAUGUGGGAAAGGCUUCAGCCAGAGAGGAAACCUUAUUACUCAUCAGAGAACUCAUACUGGUGAGAAGCCAUUUGAAUGUAAAGACUGUGGAAAAGGCUUUAGUCAGAGAGGAACUCUCAUUAGCCAUCAAAGAACUCAUACUGGAGAGAAACCCUUUGAAUGUCAUGAAUGUGGGAAAGCCUUCAGUGAAUGGGGAUCUUUUAAUAGACAUCUCAGGACUCAUACUGGCGAGAAGCCCUUUGAAUGUCACGAAUGUGGGAAGGGGUUCAGCCAGAGGGGCACUCUCAUCAGCCAUCAGAGAACUCACACUGGAGAAAAACCUUUUGAAUGUCCUGAAUGUGGAAAAGCCUUUACUUCAAGUAAUGGACUCAAAACACACCAGAGAAAUCAUACUGGUGAAAAACCCUUUGAGUGUCAUGAAUGUAGAAAAGCUUUCAGUGAGCGGAAGGUACUCAGAAUCCACCAGAGAACUCACACGGGAGUGAAACCCUUCGAAUGUCAGCAAUGUGGGAAGGCCUUCGGUGACAAUAACGUCCUCAAAAGCCAUCGGAGAACGCACACUGGAGAGAAGCCCUUCGAGUGUCAGGAGUGUGGCAAAGGCUUUAGUCAGAAAGGAACGCUUAUUAGCCAUCAGAGAACUCACACUGGAGAGAAGCCCUUUGAGUGUCGGGACUGUGGCAAAGGCUUCAGCUGGAGAGCGAGCCUUAUUGCCCAUCAGAGAACACACACUGGAGAGAAACCCUUUGAAUGCCGGGAAUGUGGGAAAGGCUUCAGACAGAGGGCAAACCUCACUACACAUCAGAGAAUUCAUACUGGAGAGAAACCUUUUGAAUGUAACCAGUGUGGGAAAGCUUUCAGUAAGAGUAAUAUUCUCAAAACACAUCAAAGAACUCACACUGGAUUGAAGCCAUUUGAAUGUAAUCACUGUGGGAAGGCUUUCAGUGAUGGUAAUGUCCUCAAAAGCCAUCAGAGAACUCAUACUGGAGAGAAACCUUUUGAAUGUCGGGAAUGUGGGAAAGGCUUUAGUUGGAGAGCUAGCCUCAUUACCCAUCAGAGGACUCACACUGGGGAGAAACCCUUUGAAUGCCAUGAGUGUGGGAAAGCCUUCAGUGAGUGGGGCUCAUUUCAUAAACACCAGAGGACUCACACUGGAGAGAAACCCUUUGAAUGUCCUGAAUGUGGGAAAGGAUUCAGACAGAGAGUAAAUCUCAUUACCCAUCAGAGAAUUCAUACUGGUGAGAAACCUUUUGAUUGUAAUGAAUGUGGAAAAGCCUUUAGUGAAAAGGGACACCUUAUCAGACAUCAGAGAACUCAUACUGGAGAGAAAUCCUUCGAGUGUGAUGAAUGUGGGAAAGCCUUCAUUGAGAGGGGCUCCUUUAAUAGACAUCUGAGAACUCAUACUACAGGGAAACCUUUUGAAUAUAGUGAAUAUGGGACAGCCUGUAGUCAGUGGGGAACCCUUGUAAUCCAUGAGUCAACUCACACUGGAGAAAACUCUUUGAAUACAUUGAAUGUAGGAAGGGAUUCAGAUAGAGGACAAACAUAGACUUAACGGAAGGUUUAGUUUAGAGAAAAAGAAGAUGGGUGGAGAAAACAAACUUAUUAGACAUAAGAGAAUUCAGAGAGGAGAGAAAUUAUUUUAAUAUUUUAUGUAUUUAUCUUAAAUAUGAAAACCUCCAGUGCCAGUAAAAUAACUUAUAUAGUGAUACUUAUAUAGACACAUGUGUCUCUGUGUAAUGCAAAACAACUUUGAACAUUAUUUUUUAGAAAUCUAAUCAAUGAAAUAAUCAUUUACGUGGAUUCAGUUGUAAUCAGUUGAGAGAAGACAGUGAAGUUUCUGUGUAUUAAGUGUAGGAAAUAUAUUUUCAUACACAGGGGAAGGGACUUUGUUUUGUUUAACUAUGCUUACCAGAGGGGGAUUUUACUUGGAGUGAGAGGAGUUGUUAGAUGAGAACAAGGGGCCAGUAACUGUUUUGUCUGUUCAGUUUUUUCAGUUGUGUUCAGCUUUUUGUGAACCCAUUUGAGGUUUUCUUGACAAAGGUACUGGAAGGUUUGCCAUUUCCAUCUCCAAU